ACCAUCUCUCUCGCCAUCGUCCUUGUCUCAUAUAUCCACGAGACCCAACAAUGCAUAAUUUACUCACUCGCAUCACCAUUCUCUACUUCACACUCAACUUAUACUUUCUUGCCAUUUCAAAUGGACAAACACAACGCAACCCAUUCUCCCCAAAUGCUUCUCUCAUCCGUUACUGGAACAAACAAGUCUUAAACAACCUCCCAAAACCGUACUUCCUCUUCUCCAAAUCCUCCCCACUCAAUACAAUCGACUCCGCAUUCCUUUCCAAACUUGCCAACAACCACACAUUACUCGCAGCCCAUCUCGACUCCUUCUGCUCCUUAGCCAACUUGUUCUGCUCUUUUGACGCAAACCAGGACCUAAACAAGACCAGUAAUAUGACAGUACAAGACGCCAGCUUCGCGUUUUACUCCAACAAACGUUUCUCAACCUAUGGAGAGUCAAAACUUGGCGGAGUAGACUCAUUCAAGAACUACUCCGACGGGCUAAACUCGGCCUCCGGAUCAUUCAUCAAGUACAGCAAGGACUCAACUGAUCACAGCGAAACAUUCGUCAGCUAUGCUAGUGAUGGCAAUAUAGCCGACUCGACAUUUGGCAACUACGCCAAUGGAGCCACCGGGGGCUCAGGCCAAUUCAAAAGCUACGCCCCUCGUGUCAAUGUCCCCGGACUCCGGUUCACGACCUAUGAUUCCGAUGGUAAUAGCCAUAAAAUUUCCUUUUCGAGCUAUAGCGACGAGACAAAUUCGGGAUCUCAUACAUUCACCAGCUAUGGAAAAAAAGCAAAUGGUGCACCGUCCGAGUUUAUAAACUAUAGUGAUGAUGCAAACAUUGUUGAAUCUACAUUCACCGGGUACGGUGCAUUAGGCAAUGCAGCCAACGAUUCAUUUGCUAGUUACGGCAUCAAAGGUAACAAUCCAAAGAGUAAUUUCAAAAGUUAUGGUGUCGGAGGUAAUUCGGGGGUUGAUUCCUUCUCGAAUUAUCGAAAUGGUGCCAAUGUUGGUCAAGAUUCGUUUCAAUCGUAUGCGAGGAAUUCGAAUUCAGGGAAGGUGAGUUUUUCCAACUAUGGAAAAACAUUUAAUCCUGGAAAUGAUACGUUCAAAGAUUAUGGUAAUGGAUCGAAGGGUCAAACCCAGAUUGGAUUCAAAGGGUAUAGUAAGGAUCGGUCGUUUAAGGAUUAUAUUGACAAGGGUGUCACAUUUGCCGGAUACACUAAUUUUAGUGACUCCAGUGGCAGUUUCGUGAAUAAGUGGGUGGAAGAGGGUAAGUUUUUCCGGGAGUCCAUGUUGAACCAGGGGAAUGUCAUGGUUAUGCCGGACAUUAAUGACAAAAUGCCCAGAAGGUCGUUUUUGCCCCGGUCAAUUGGAUCGAAAUUACCAUUCUCGACCUCGAGUCUUCCUGAAAUGAAGGAAAUCUUCCACGCACGAGAGAAGUCGACGCUGGAGCGCGUGAUUCUCAAUGCGCUGGCCGAGUGCGAGCGUGCUCCGAGCCCCGGGGAGACCAAGAAGUGCGUGGGGUCCAUCGAAGACAUGUUGGAUUUUGCGGUCUCGGUGUUGGGGCACAGUGUGGUGGUCAGGACCACUGAAAACGUGAACGGUUCAAAGCAAAGUGUGAGGAUUGGGUUGGUCAAAGGGAUCAACGGUGGAAAAGUGACUGAAUCAGUGUCGUGUCACCAAAGCAUGUACCCGUAUCUACUGUAUUACUGCCACUCCGUGCCCAAAGUUAGGGUCUAUGAGGUGGACAUUCAUGAUGUGGAGGUGAGGAAAGCCAAGAUCAAUCGAGGCGUUGCCAUCUGUCAUCUUGACACGUCUGCAUGGAAUCCCGAACAUGGAGCCUUCGUGGCACUGGGGUCCAGUCCUGGUCAAAUUGAAGUAUGCCACUGGAUCUUCGAAAACGACAUGACUUGGACCAUUUCUGAUGAUUAAGGACUUUGUUCGUGGGCUUAUUUAUUUAAUUAGAGAAUCUUUAUGUAAUGUUCCAAGCCUUGUUGGACAAAUAUUAAGUGAUAGUUAUCCACUAUGAUUCGUUUUUUAUUUACAAUUCCAAAUUCACGUGUAUUAUUAAUUAAAUCAGGAAGUAGAGGAUAUGGUGUCGUUUUCGGUU